GUGCUCUAAUCAGAAAUAAUGCAUUACUGACCUUUGUUACUUGUGCUUCAAUCAGAAAACUCCAACACACAAUGACUGAUCCUGAAGAUGGUCCAAGCACUUACACGAUCAGGCCUAAGUUUGAGAAAAAAUUUCGACCUCUGCUGAUAAAGGACGUGAUUCACCAGGUACUGAAGGAGCUGUUGCAUGAGAAGCAGUACAGCUCAGAGGAAGCCAAAACCACCUCCAAGGAGAUUAGUGACAGCAUCCAGUCUAGGCUAAAAGGAUUGGAUCUAGACAGAUACAAGUACAUAGUGCAAGUGGUGAUUGGAGAACAGCGAGGAGAAGGAGUCAAGAUGGGGUGUAGGUGCUUUUGGGACUCAGACACAGACAACUACGCUCAAGACAUCUAUAUGAAUGACACUCUGUUUUGUGUGGCAGCUGCCUUUGGUGUGUACCAUUAUUGACAGAAACUGUGUUUAAUGUAUGCACUCUACCAGUAUAUCACUUCUUUGUUCUACAAAUCUUGUUUCUUAUGUCAA